AUGGCUACGACACAACUCUCCGACACCGAGUUCCCAUACUCACUAACUAUCUCACUCCCACUUCCAACCCACCGUCUUGCUUCCUCUGCCCUCCAGACCCUCGAAGUCGACACCGAGCUCUCACCAUUUGUGCGGCGCACCUUUACCUUGACAUCCCCCCCCUCCGACAACCCCAGCGAGCCGCAAGAAAAGAAGCAGAAGCAGGACCCAGACGAGUCAAAGACUGUCCUGCAGACCACCUACCGCGCGACCACGAACCGCAUGCUUCGAGUCGCGGUCAACGGGUAUAUGGAGAGCCUAGGCGUGGUUCUAGGCGUGAUGGCUGAGCUUGACGUGGACGUACUCAAGGCGGAAGAAAUUGAGGGAUGA